AGAAUGAUGAAGUGGGCCUUGUUUUGUCCCAUUUUUGUCAUGGUCUGAAUGACCCAACUGAUGUUGGUUUUCUGUGAGAUUGUUACACCUACAGGAGAAUCACAACUCUGAUGUGUGUGCCAAAUAAGCUAACGACACUGAGACAGAGCUGGGUCAGACGAGUUUCAAUGUCAGGGGCUGCUUUUCUAUUUGUUAGGCUUUUACUCUGAAAGAGGAAUCCUCAAGAGGGUUUUGAACAGAGGAAUGAUCUGACCUGACUUGUAGUGAGUAUGAGUCAUGUGACCAAUGAUGUCACAAUGCCCUACUAGACUUCAACCUCUCUACUAGGGAGUUCUGGAUCCCUUGGAGCCAAGGAUUGGAACUGACAUGUGAGACCUCUUCCAACUGAGGGUUUCUUGAGCAUACUCCUUUGCCAAGAUCUUGGUGAAAAGUCUUUCACUGUGCAAUUGUGUCUUAGAAAUUGUUUUAUCAUGAUCGUGCUCGGCUGGAUGCUUUUUGUUGGCUUUGCAUGUUACAUGGGCACAUUUCCGGAGUUUAUGACUCCAACUCUGAGGUGGAAAGAGAGGUGGCCUGUUCAGGAGAGCAAAGCCCGAAGGAGCAGCCAGGAUUUGGAUGAAGAUCUACAACUACCCCACUGGAAAUAACCAACGAUGACCCGGGUGAACCAAUGCAGCUCUGAAGCUCUCCUGACCCACUGGCUGUACAGUUCCUGUUGGUUUCACAUAAAGUAAUUGCACAUUA